AUGGCAUUCACAGCAGUCCUCAGCGCCCGAGUCCUCUCGUAUCUUGUCUUCGCGGCCGUGUGUGUCUUUCUGCUCUACUCGAGGAACUGUAUCGAACAAUCUGUCCCACUCAGUCCUAACGGACACGCAGUACCCGUGGAUGCGCAUUCGAUACACAAUUUCACCCUAGGGCUUGACGAGGAAACCGGGCUCAAGAAAGAUGCCAGCGCAACCGGCAUCGACCUCACGAUCUUCGAAAGUGCGAAACCUGACGACUUUAGAGGAGGCGAGGAUUCGAAUCGCUGCCGCCUCGCGUGCGCUUUCGAACAGAUGAGCCUCGCUGCGGAACGACGUCCACCGCCCGACAGUCCGUACGGUAACGAUUGGGACGUCCUCUGGCUGGGCCACUGCGGCAAAAACAGCGAAGCCUUCUUAUCUUCUACCAAUGACGCUACUGAGGUGCCCCGUGCUUUAGUAUGCACAGCUCCAGAUGGCCGCCCUCUAGAGGGUCGGUACCCUGGCACAGACAUUUACCUCAUUUCUGACAAACCAGUCGGCGAGCUGUGCCUCUCCUCAUACGCCGUCAACUACCGCGGCGCGACGAAGCUGCUCAAUUUUGCGGAGGAUAGGAGAGGGUUGAUGGAUCAGAAUAUCGUGGAGUCCACGCCGGCAGUCUCCCUUGAUGGAGUUGGUAACGUCGUGCUGAUGAGAGCACUCGAUAUGCAGGGAGGUGUUUAUCACCUCCACACCCAUCGCUCGAAUCUCGUCCAGAAACUCGGCGACAUCACCACCAGUUGCACCGGAACGAGAUGA